UGAAAUCAAUAUUUGGUGCGACCAACCUUUGCAUUCAAAACAGCAUCAGUUCUUCUAGGUACACUUGCACACAGCUUUUGAGGGAACUUGGCAGGGAGAUUGCUCCAGACAUAUUGAAGAACUAACUACAGAUCUUCUGUGGAUGUAGGCUUGCUCAUAUCCUUCUGUCUCUUAAUUUAAUCCCACACAGACUGAAUGAUGUUAAGAUCCAGACUCGUUGGGGACAAUGUCUUCACUUCUGGGACUCCUUGUUCUUCUUUACGCUGAAGAUAGUUCAUAAUGACAUUUUAUGUUUGGGGUCAUUGUUCUGCUCAAGAAUAAAGUUAACUAUUAACAUUUCUAUUUUUGAAAGCCUUCUUACUUUGCAGCAAUUGUCCACGCCUAAAACUUGUGCACAGUACUGUGUAUAUCAAUCAUACACCAUUUAUAGAGAUCCAAAGUUUGCAUGACUUCGAUCAGAUGACAGAUAUGAUACAAAAGACAUCUGACGUUAACAUUGGCAGGUGCUGUAGGUGUCAAUUGGAGCACAUUUGUUUCCCCCUUAGGAUCUGUUGUAUUAUUUUCCCACAGUAGAAUCCAUUACAUCUCCACUGUUAAUGUUACAGAGGAGCCGUGUGCGGCAUCCCUGGGAGCACAUGUACAUCACGCUGAUAUCCCGUUAAAUAUCCAUUAGCUGACCUCCCUCUGCUUUCUUUCCAUUUGUAUCAGGCUGCGGCCAGUGGAUGUGGCUUUCAUGAAAGCUCUGCAUGAAAAGGUUAACAUUGUUCCUCUAAUUGCCAAAGCCGACUGCCUGGUACCCAGUGAGAUCCGGAAACUGAAAGACAGAGUAAGAGAAGAGAUUGAAAAGUUUGGAAUAAAAGUCUAUCAGUUCCCAGAAUGUGAUUCAGAUGAAGAUGAUGACUUUAAACAGCAGGACAAGGAGCUGAAGGAGAGUGCACCUUUUGCUGUAAUUGGAAGCAAUACAGUGGUAGAGGCCAAAGGUCAAAGGGUACGAGGUCGUCUCUAUCCGUGGGGCAUAGUGGAAGUGGAAAACCAGGGACAUUGUGACUUUGUGAAGCUUCGAAAUAUGCUGAUCCGGACUCAUAUGCAUGACCUGAAGGAUGUUACAUGUGAUGUGCAUUAUGAGAACUACAGAGCCCAGUGUAUCCAGCAGAUGACUAGGCAUGAAGAAGUUUUGAACCCAGCAGAAAGCAAACUGACUCAGGACAAUAGGAUAGAGAGCCCCAUCCCUAUCCUUCCUCUGCCAACACCUGAUGCUGAAACAGAAAAACUCAUAAAAAUGAAGGAUGAAGAGCUGCGGAGAAUGCAAGAAAUGUUGCAGAAAAUGCAGCAGCAGAUACAAGAGCAGUGAGCAUCCCACCUCGAUGGCACUUACCCCUCACAUUUCCUGCUUCCCAACCUGUCACUACAUGGACCAGUUUGGAGAUGGAUGUGGUACCUGUGGACUCAUUGCAGUAUCUUAUUUAUUGUCCUUAAUACCCGUCCAAUAUGAACUCCUCCCCCUGUUGACCCAUCACGUUUCUCCAGAACAUCCCUUCAUGGAGCCAAGCACAUAUCAAGCAGUUACCGUCAUGUCCAUGCCCAAUGCAUCAAUGAGUUGCAGCAAAACCAUCUUUUUUGCCAUAUUUGAUUGUUGUCAGGACUGUUGCAAACAUGUAUUGGAAACAGCGCCCAUGGACAUACUGGGUGAUCAUUUCUAAUGUAUCCUGCAUCUUCCACAAGGCUCUGUCUAACACAGAAGGGAUAUUGAUCGGGAAGGGAGGCGGCUCAGUAAUUGUUUUCUACCUACACCAUAUCCCUGCUCGACAAGAAGCUUGUGUUUUAUUUGUACAGUGUUGCAGUUUCUUGGACUCAGGACUUCUUAUUUUUUGUUGUUUUGCUGUACCAAUGUUUACUUGACCAAUAGCCUGCUACAUAUUAGAGGAUGCAUUGGCUGGACAGCAGUGCAAAGGAUGCACAGCGCGUGUCAUCAUGUGACAUCAUUAGGUGCAGGUAUAAGGGAAUAAAGCCCUCGAUUUCUCUCACUUUGGUUAGACUGCGUUCCUCCAAUGAGGCUAUGGUGCUGUUGGUGGAUAUUGAAAUUAAAGAGUUAAGCUUUUUUAUUUGGGAUCUUUUCUAAGUUUUUUCUACAAAAAUACAUUAUCAUAACCUACAUUAUUAUAACCUCAUUGUGUGGACACAGCCUUUCACUUAUCAUAAAUUCAUAUCUUAAGAUGUUGAUUCUGAUGCCCUUAGGAUAAGUCAUCAGUAUCUGAUCGACGGGGGUCCGACACCCAGGAUCCCCACCGAUCAGCUGUUUGCGAAGGCACAGGCGCUCCUGUGAGUGCUGCGGCCUUCUCUGUGCUUACCAAGCACAGCGCUGUACAUUGUAUAGUGGCUAUGCUUCGUAUUGCGCUCAGCCCCAUUGUAUGCGUAUACAAUGUACUGCGAUGUUCUUGGUGAGCUGUGAGAAGGGCCGCAGCACUCACAGGAGCACUGGUGCCAUCUCAAACAACUGAUCCGCGAGGGUCCCGGAUGUCGGACCCCCACGAUCAGAUACUGAUUACCUAUCCAGAGGAUAGGUCAUCAGUAUUAAAAUCACUUAAGUAGAUCCAAUGUGGUAUUGCUUUCAUGCAGCAGUUGUCUACCAAGUUAUUAAUGAAUGCAUAUUAUGCUGUUUGCCUUACUAAAUACACAUAGUUCUGUAAAGUAGAAAAGGCAUCUGCGGCCUCCAUAUCCACAACCCCCUUCACGCUUCCAGCGAGCAUAGAACGGCCUCUUUACUGUAUUCAUGGCUGUGGCUGGAAGGGACCAAACAUAUCAAUAUCGUUCUAGUACUAAAAUCUGGGGCUUAUCACAUUCCUAAACAUAUAGCUCUUUGCUUUGGCUUGUGUUCUUCUGCAUCUACGUCAACAUAGGGAUCAGAUCUCAGAGCAUUCUCUUUUCUUUGCCACACUAUGAAGUACUAUGAUACUCCAGAUUUCAAAGCCUGGAGUUUGUAGGUAAGGUUGUAUUCACAUGGGCAUAUGCUGCAUGGUCAAAAUCCAUGCAGCCAGAUUGCACACCUUAUAUUACAAGUUGCUGUUCUGCAGUACGGUGGUGGAAUCUGUGGCUUGUAGAGAUGUCACACUUAAAGGGGUUGUGCACCUUUGUUUUUUCGGCAAACUGCACCACCUGGGCAGCCAAGGCCGUGGAGGAAGGGAGCCAGCGACAAAAAGCAGGUAAGUAUGUUUCCCUUCACAGGUCUGCCCCUUGAGGGCAACACUACCGCCCCCCAC